AUGUCUUUGAAUCCGGAAGAAUAUCUAAAAGAGAAAUUUGAAAAAUUAAAUCUUAAAAUUAAUCGACAUGAAACUUUACAAAGUCAGGAAUCGACAAAAUCAGAAGAUUCGGAAGAAGUGAUGAUGCCACCACAAAAGGGGCUGGGAUCGAUUAGGACUACUUUGGACGAUAUAGAAAAUGGGAUUCGACAAAGUAAACUAAUGGUAAAUAUACCACCCAAUGGAAGAGCUCAAACAUUGGCCGCACCACGACGCCAGUUGCCGAAACGUAUGAACCCGUUCAUAAAAAUCACUUUAAAGAAAACCUCAGAUAUUGUGCUCUAUGAACAACGUAGCACAACCGUGUUGAGGGAUAGUGAAGAGGGUAAACUGGUGGAGGAGGAUAAUAAACGUUAUGAAUAUUUAACUGAGGGUCAGGGACGUAAACGUAUUUGUUAUCCUGUCGAGACCCAAACCUCCUUGGUUUUGACAAAAACUCGUAGCGUUAAUACCGAUUCCAUAGCCAAGGGUAAUGUAGCCUCAUAUGUUUCGAAUUUCGAAAUGUUUGACACCUACAAGGAUCUGGAACAGACAACACAAAGCGUUGAUGUGGAUGGCAGGAAAAAGAUGCAGGUGACCACAUAUAAAGUCGGUGGAGUGGAUCAGUUUGUGGAAAUCAACAAAUCGCCACAAUUCAAUCUGGCUCUGAUGUUGACCAUGCGCAUCUUGGCGGGUAAUAAUUUCGAAAAGUCACAAAGACGUUUUCGCAAUAUGAUCAUGCCGGAUCCAUUAGCACUGGAGGUACGCUAUAGCUAUCGCAUGGAUCUUUUGUGGACCUUUAGUAUACCUCUACAGCCAGGCGAUAGUCAAACCAUUACUGAUUUGAGUUGGUGUCCCAAUCAUGGUGACAUAUUGGCUGCCGGCUAUGGCAUAUUUGGAGCAACAUCGGCAUUGUUGGCUCAACGUGGCUGUGUUUGCAUUUGGAAUAUUAAAAACCCAGUUAAUCCUGAGAGGACCUACCACUUCGAUGUUCCAGUACUCGCGGUGGAAUUUUCCCCCUAUGCGCCACAAUUAAUGGCAAUUGGCCUCUAUGAUGGCUCCCUGUAUGUCUAUGACAUAAGUAAUAUUGAGCGACCUCAAAUCGCCAUGUCUCAGCGUUCCACGUCGCCCAGCAGUGAACCUAUAGCUUGUAUAAAAUGGAUAGCCCAUAGCAAAAGUGAAACGAAGCUCUAUGAUAUUGAACCAUUUUUGGCAUUGGCCCGGGAUGGUUCCAUUACCCGUUAUACUCUCAUUAAUAGUCCAUAUCUAUUGGGAUUUCAGUUAAUGAAACUCAGACGGGUUGAUGGUAAUGCUGAGGGUAUACAAUUGGAAAAUAAGCCUAUGUUGUUGGAGGCAAAUCGUCAUCCUCAGGGUAUGUACAUUUGUUUGGAUGCCAUUCAGAACGAUGUAUAUUAUUGCCUGACCGAUGAAGGAUGUCAGCAUAAAUGUUCGACAAAUUAUCCCCAGCAAGAGUUGCAUGUCCUGCAGCUGCAUGAGGCCGGCAUCAAUUAUAUGGAAUUCUCACCAUGGUCGCCGAAGUUGUAUUUGACUUGUGGCAAUGAUUGGUGCAUUCGAAUCUGGUUAAUGGGAAUUUUUAAGCCAUUGAUUACUCUGAAAUACCACAUGAGUCCAGUUUAUUGUGCCAGUUGGAGUACGGUACAUUCAUCGAUUAUUGUGGCUCUGCAUCGAGACACAGUUGAUGUGUGGGACUUGAGGCGUAGUGUUCUCCAACCAGCAUCGUCGACAAGGAUUGACAGCAAAGCCUAUUACACUACCUUAAGGUUAUCACAAUGCGGCCGUUCCGUGGCUGUUGGCAACGAUAAGGGCCGUGUUGAAAUAUUGGCUUUCGAGGAAAUGCCAUUCUCACCGCAUUUCCAAUACGAUCAUCUGGAGAAGACGGUAUUUUCGAUUUUAGCAAAUCAAACAGAUUUGCUACGAGAUGUCAAGAGUAUUGGAUAUUUUGGUUAUCCGAAAUAA